GCAGACUUGUACAAACUACAAAUGGCGGCCAACACGAACGAGUUCGCAGAUUUGUUGUCGGGAAAUGGUGAGGAGAAUAUUUGGGACGAAGAAGUGAUUUGCCGUCUGCAGGCUUACAUCAGAGCCUUUCUGAUUCGCAAGAAGUUCCAAGAAGUGAGGAAGCUGUAUGAAGAAAUUGUCAGUGAAGUAGAAGGGGACAUCUCCGGUAAACCCAGCAAUGUGCGUUGGAGAACCGGCCUUCCAUGCAAGCCCCGCUAUUUUCAGAAACCACAGAAGUCAUCUGCAGUUGGUAAAGUUGGAACGCAGGAUGCACGGACCCACCAAACUCAACAUCCUCCAUCCGAUCAACAGCUAGUUCAAGAUACUGAUGAGGACAUCAAAGGUCAAGCAACUUCCCUUGACCCAGGAGGUCGUGUCACGCAACGCCAGGUCAAAGGUCACAAUGUCACAGAUGGACCAAAUUCCACAUCUGACACGUCAUCAAAAGCGUCCCUUGGUGACGAAUGUAAAGUGAAUGGCGCUUCGUUGAGGUCUGAAGAAGUUGUGAAAGAUCAAAAUGGAGCAACGCAUCCAAUCUCGUCAAGGAGCCUCCCAUCUGCAAGUCAUCAAGAAGAGGUCCUUCCCAAUGACGAUGGUGACCCUUCUUCAAGACCUAACAAAGAUCCUAAUCAUCAAGUGCAGCCCCUUCAAACACGAGAUGAUGGCUCUCCUGGACUUGACACAGAUUCGGAUAACAUUGUUAACCAAGCAGAGAGCCUUCCUAAAAAGGAUGACGUAGAGUCCCCAAGACUUCCGAAAGACCCUGUAAGUCAAGACCAGGGUUCUGCCAACUCCGAAGAAGGAAAUGGAUCAAACGGUUUCCAGAACUCUUCAAAACAAUCAGAUUCUGUGUCUGAGAACAGCGGUAAAAACACACAGGUGGGGUCUCCAGCAUCCAGCGUUGAAUACACCCCUGAUUUUGAAUCGUACUCCAGUACAGCCACGUCGGGAGCCGCAAGUUUGAGUUCGAGCGCAGAGCUGGCACUGUCGAAGCAGGACGCGGGGAGUGUUGCUUCUCCAGAGUUUUGCAUUGUUACGCCCCUUGAUGAUAGACCUGAAGAGAGCGACAGUGGUUUGCUACAAGGGACGCAGAACAGGGAGGCUGCGCUAGAAAGGAUGGAUGAAAGGGAGGUUGAAAAGAAAAACGGUGAUCAGAAAUCAGCCGAAGAUUUUCCAGCAUCUGAAAACGACCGGCCUGUUGUCUUAUCGCGAAAUCUACAAAAUAUGAACGGAAAAAAUAAGAAUUUUGCUGAAGACCUCGCUCCAGUCCAAAGCAACAGGACUGAUAAAGUUUUACCGUCAAAUCUGCAAAACAUGGAUAGAAAAAGUGAGGAUUAUGACGACAAGACAGUAACAUCCCCUACAAAUGAAGCUAAAACAGUUUCACACAACGGUGAUGAUCAAACAGCAAAAGUUUCACGGGAUGAGGCUAGUAAGUCUGCUGAAGAUUUUGAAAGUUCUGACGACCAAGAGAACUUUGAAGUUACAUCUCAACAGUCACAGGAUUUGAAAUUGGACGGUAGAACGGACACUCCGGAUGCAGCUUCCAAGACGUCAACAAACAAGGAGAACCAAUUUAAAACUGGCUCAGCAGACAGAAACGCAGAAAUGCAAACCCCAUCUCAUGUCUCCCGCAUCGUUGAUCACCAAAGAGACGGGAUGGAAUCAGGAAUUGAUGCAGGCAAAGAUGAGAAAGAGACAGGAGGAGGUUUGAUAACAUCCAAGGGGGAGAAUCCGGUGGCGGGCAGAGGCAUCUUGCUUGGCCAAGAGAGAAGUGGAGAGCAGGAUUUUUCGGGCGUGGCAGAUAUGACCUCCAUCUGGAGCAAUGAGGGCUCUUUAACAGAGAUGCUCGAGUCUGAUUAUCCAACCGAUCUGGAGGCGCUUCAGAAGCUACGUAACAGUGCCGCUCUUGAGCUACUGUGGGUACAGCAAGCUAUCAGCAGCAGGAAAAAUUACUUGAGACUGAAGAGUCACAUGGAACCAACUGGACAGCAGAAAGUUGUGCCGUCUUGAUGUUUCCAAGAAGCAAUGGUAAAGACACAAAGUUGUAUUCUGUCAUUUCUGUGAUAUUAUUUUGAUAAACUUGUACGCUGUAUGCAGGUUAAGCUCUCUUUAUUACGCUAUUCCUCAGGCCAUGAUACCAUAUUUUCUGCAGCAGCUCGAGAUCAGCGCAAUCUGGUCUUAACCUGUACAGGUACCCAUUUUUAUACUCCUGGGUGGAGAGAGGCAAUUGUAGUAAAGUGUCUUGCCCAAGAACACAAGCACCAUCACUGUUUGAACCCACUUACCACGGCACAUGAGUCGCACACCGUGCACGACCAUUUGACCACGGCACUCCGGUCACAUUAAUUAGGCCUAACUGGAUUUAGCAGCGGUGUUUAUUCCCCUAGGAAUUUAAUCAGGCCAGCUUGGGUUGUGCGUGUGAAUGGCAUUGUGGCAAAUCUGAAAGAUUUAAGAUUUUUUACUCUGUUGUUUACAUCUUGACGUCAUACAAAUGCGUCAGAUUCUGUCCAUUUGAAUCUCAAGGAUCGCGAGGAUAUGCCUUUGUGAGGACCUGUUUUAUCCCAGUUAAGGCCCAAAUCCGACUUCACUUGCUUUCAUUACGUGCAUGCAAAGCUCGCAUAAUUACCGGAUAACCAUGUUGACACAAACAAAAUCAAACAUUACAAUUCACAAACCUAGUCAAUUUAAAGACAACUGUCAAUUGUGUUUUAUUUAUUUACAAACAGACGUUAUGAAAAUGUCCUCUCCCGUCAUGUAAGAAAAUCUUGUAAGAAAUAAUGUAAGAAAAACUUGUGUCGUCCAAACGAAGCCUAAAUCAAGACCCUACGUGCGCUCAUUUAUUAAGUGCCUGCCCUCCGACCUUGCUUAAUUAUACAAAUCAGCCAAAAAAAUGUAAAAGUCCCCUUUUUUAGAAGUGACUGUAAAAACUGUGAACUUAAGAUAUACAAUGAAAGCGUCCAAUAACAAACUUAAAACUUGGUGUUUUUUUUCUCAAAAAAGUUACAAUUUAUCUUGGGAAUUUAAGCUUCCUUUUGUUCUUGUUAAUUUUAAUUUAUGUUUAUUUAUUUAUGUUUGUUAGUUUUUACUUUAUAUUUACAAUAUUUAUAUUGUUUACAUUUCGACUUUAUGUUGUUUAAUUUAUUUUUGUUUUGAUUCGCCCAAUGGGAAUUCUUUAAUUUAUUUCUUAAUUCAAAUCGAAAUUUAUGUUUAUUUUGCAUAUAAACUGGAAUUCAAAUCUCCGAUUGACAUUUAAA